AUGAGGCCGCUACCCGCGGCAGUCGCUGAGAGGCAGCUCGACAGAGAACACACAACAGGAAACCUCUGCGACCUCACCGCGACCACGAGCAGCAGGAGGAUGUUACCGGAGGUUGAGAGCGGCAGGGACGGUGCAGUGGGGAAGCGAGGGUUCGAGGCCGGCCGCUGCCUGAAGAUUGCCUGCACCGUGACAGCACUGACCCUGGCGGCCGCGGCUUCCUGCGUGUUAUUCUUCACGGUUGGGGUGUCCAAGCCGGGACAAGACAAUUGGAGAGCGGUCUUGAGAGAGACGGAGAGCCUGCCUCAAGGCACCGGUUUGCCUCGUCUCAUGAAGCAGGUGGGAAGCGACCCGAGGGGGAAGAUCGCCGCACACCUCACCGCUGAUCCCAACAAGGGCCGGUCCAAGGAGCUGAUAUGGCAGGAGGACGUUGGUAUCGCCUUUUCCUAUGGCAUCGAGUUUUCCAACAACAGCCUCCUGAUCCAACAGCCGGGUUUGUACUUUAUCUACACCCAAGUGGUCUUCUAUGCCAGGCAGUGUGAUGGGAACACCAUCUUCCUCAGCCAUGACAUGCACAAGCUCUCCCCGUCCUACCCAGUGGAGACCAUCCUCCUGAAAGCCACCAAGUCGGUCUGCCACCACCAUCAUUACAACGACCCCUGGUUCAAGACCUCCUACCAGGGCGCCAUCUUCGAGCUGGAGGCUGGUGACAGGAUCUUCUCCAGGGUCUCCAAGCAGGUGGUCAGAUACUUGGACACAAAGGAAGGCAAGACUUUCUUUGGAGUGUUUGCCUUGUGACGGGGAGGGGGGGUGGUCGCUCUGCGGAGAUUGGCCCCUCUUCAUCAGAUUUCAAGUCCCACCCUGUCCAGGCUUUAUCCAGAGAAUUUCACACCUUUGAAGAAAAGAGUCUGCACGUGUAUCACAUUCCAUAAACGCUGGACAUUUCGCGGCGGGUAGAGCCACUGCCUCACAGCGCCAGAGACCCGGGUUCGAUCCUGACCUCCGGCGCUGUCUGUGUGUGGAGUUGGCACGUUCUCCCCGUGACCCUGUGCCUUUCACACGAGAUGCUCCGGUUUCCUCCCACAUCCCAAACACGGGGUUAAUUGGACACUGUAAAUAGAUGGGAAUAUGGGUAAAUUGAUGGGAUUGGUGUAAAUGGGUGGUUGAUGGUCAGCACGAAUGCAGUGGGCCAAAGGGCCUGUCUCUGUGCUGUAUCUCUCUGGGACUGUCUCCCUAGCGAGGACCUUUGAACUGCCAUGGGAUAUCUGGACGCAAAUUUGUGCAUUGCAAGCUCCCAUAGCAGAGAGAUAAUGUGACAAUGUGACUGAGAUUUAAAGUUGGGUUUAGAUAAAUCUUAAUUAGGUGUAAAUAUUAAUUUAUCUAUUAGAUAAAUAUUGGCAUCUUACAGCUUCCCAAAGACCCUCCCAUCCACUUCCUUGAGUAGAAGGGAUGGUCUGGUUGGGUCGACGCAGCGAGACUUGAACCCACAGACCUCAGAGCCCGACCCAUUAGACUGCAGCAGGUGCCCCACUGAUAACUGGGGGUGGGUGGGUCCUAAGGUUGCCAAAGAGAGGGGGUUUCCUUUAUUAUUUCUGUCUGGGAUCUGGCCGUUGCUGUCCUGGCCCCUACCUGAGUGAGAUGUUCGGGGAUGAGCGUUAUCUUCCUCCUGGUGGCAAUGCUCCUGGGGGAGACGUCACAGGGUCGAUCUGCAUAAGGUCCAUCCACUAACUGUGAGCACCGGCCAAGAGUGGCAUGGAUGAGAUUCCUCCCCCACCACCCCCCGCCCCCGGAACCCCCAGCAAAACCCAUGGAUGUGCCCCAACCGAGAAGUGGCAGGAAUUCUGAGAAGUGGUUGGAAUAUGGAGGCGGCUCCCGCAGGAAGUCAGUCCCAUGGGUGCUUAUCCAGUCUGGGUGGAUCCAGGAGGGAGAUGGAUGUGCCCCCAAGGGAGAAGGGAAGUGCAAGACCGAGCUGAUGGGUGCGGGGUUGCAGGGGAGCCAAAAACAUUGGUAUUGGUAUUGGUUUAUUAUUGUCACUUGUACCGAGGUACAGUGAAAAACUUGUCUUACAUACCGAUUGUACAGGUCAAUUCAUUACGCAGUGCAGUUACAUUGAGUUAGCACAAAGUACUUUGAGGUAGUACAGGUAAAAACAGUAACAGUACAGAGUAAAGUGUCACAGUUAUAGAGAAAGUGCAGUGCAAUAAGGUGCAAGGUCACGACAAGGUAGAUUGUGGGGUCAUAGUCCAGCUCAUUGCAUAAAGGAACCAUUCAAUAGUCUUACUACAGUGGGAUAGAAGAUGUCCUUAAGCUUGGUGGUACAUGCCCUCAGGCUCCUGUAUCUUCUACCCGAUGGCAGAGGAGAGAAGAGAGAAUGACUCGGGUGGGUGGGGUCUUUGAUUAUGUUGGCUGCUCCACCAAGGCAACGAGAGGUAAAGACAGAGUCCAUGGAGGGGAGGCUGGUGUCCGUGAUGCGCUGGGCUGUGUCCACAACUCUCUGCAGUUUCUUGCCAUCCUGAGCAGAGCAUUUGCUGUACCAAGCCGUGAUACAUCGAGAUAGGAUGCUUUCUAUGGUGCAUCAGUAAAAGUUGGUGAGAAACAGCAUAAGGCAGAGGGUUAAACGACCUGUGCAUCCCUUAGAAGGCCGAAUGGGUUCCUAAGAGAAGGAUGAACCACCAGGAUAGAUAGGAGGCAUCGAGCAAUGUCCUUUUGUGUCAUAGAAUUAUAAAACAAAACAAAAAUCUCUUCCCCACCCCCAUCCCACGCCUGAGAUUCCAGCUCAGGACACCUGAAAUGUCAGCCAGAUGUUUGAGAAGUCUGCUCAUUGUGUCUGUGUUGGUUCCAAGCCCACCGAUGUAAAGAAUGUAAACCGUCUGCCAGGGAGACACUAAUCACUGAAUUCCUUCCCCUCCCACAUCGCCAGCCUAAAUCCUGGGAUUGCUGGCAUUUGUUUUUCUGGUCUGCUAGGAUCAGCGUCAACUGCACAGCCAGUUGUUGCCUCAGAAAUGUAUUUAUAGCUUCACUUAAAUUAUUUCUCUCACGCGGGAUGCCACAGUGUUUUAUUUAUUGCUCCUCUGGACGCGAAUGGAAUGUAAUUUAUCGGAGCAGAGGGCAGGAAUGUUUUUGUUGGACCUGUCACCGUGUACCCACCCCAUCACUGAGCAACGCCCAGCAAACCUGCGUCUGUCUAACCCUCCCUCAAUCAGUGGGAAGCUGCCCUGGAUGGAACAAGCUUGCACCUGAGCCAGUGUUAGUUCAAGUGUAAGGCGUCUGUCUCUGCCCAUUCUUCCCAGCAUUGUGCUGUGGUUUAACAACAGCCACUAAUCAAAGCUGCUUUCCCUCCAUCCCCACUGCGUUGAAACCAGGAUUUAUCUUGGUUUGCUCGGAUUAAUUUCCAUUAUAGAACAUAGAACAGUACAGCACAGGAACAGGCCCUUUGGCCUACGAUGUUGUGCUGAACUAAUUAAGUGAAUGACACCCAAUCCCUUCUGCCCUAUAUCCCUCCAUUCUCUGCACAUUCAUGUGCCUAUCUAAGAGCCUCUUAAUCACCUCUGUUGUAUCUGCCUGCACCACCACCCCUGGCGGCACAUUCCAGGCACCCACUGCUCUGUGUGUGAAUAAAAGUUUGUCCCACACACCUUUGAACUUUCCCCCUCUCACCUUAAAUACAUGCCCUCUAGUAUUAGACGUUUCGACCCUGGGGAAAAGAUACUAGCUGUCUACCCUAUCUAUGCCUCUCAUAAUCUUAUAAACCUCUAUCAGGUCUCCCCUCAUCCUCCGCCGUUCCAGAAAAAGCAACUCAAGUUUGUCCAACCUCUCCUCAUAGCACAUGCCCUCUAAUCCAGGCAGCAUCCUGGUGAACCUCCUCUGCACCCUCUCCAAAGCCUCACAUCCUCGCAAUAACAGGGUGACCAGAACUGAAUGCAAUACUCCAGAUGUGGCCUAACCAGAGUGUUAUAAAGCUGCAACAUAACUUCCUGACUCUUGAACUCGAUGCCUUGACCGAUAAAGGCAAGCAUGCCGUACGCCUUCUUUACCACCCUGUCGACUUGUGCGGCCACUUUCAGGGAGGUCUUCAGUGCCUUCAGUUUUAUCUUUCCCCUUUCCUAAGGCCACGGGCAGCACAGAGGUGCAGCGGGUGAUGCUGCUGUCGCAGGUUCAGUCCUGUCCUGUGGUGCUGUCUGGGCGUGACUGUGUGAGUUUACCCUGGGUACUCCCUCGUCCCAAAGGCAUGCGCGUAGGGAGGUGAAUUGGCCGCCAUAAACUGCCCCUUAGCGCGUAGGUGAGUGGUAGAAUCUGCGGGGUGCCAGAAAGCAUGCGAGAGAGAGAGAGGAAAACAGGUCACGAGGAAAUAAG